ACCAGUUACCACAGCCACAAAGUCAAAAUGGGCGUUAUCAUUAAAAUUCAUGAAAACAAAAAGUAGCUUUUUUGGUAUUCAUUUAAGUUUAGGCAUAAAGUUAUCAAUGUGGUUAAUGUUAGGGUUAAGGUUAGUUUUAAAAUCAGAUUUUAAGAAGAUAAAUUGUAGAAAUAGGCGGGGUUUAACCUUAAUUAUCACAUUGUGGCUGUUAUAACUAGUGACGACCAUGGGAGUCUCGAAAGUGACUCAAGUUGUGAUGAAUUGACAAAAGGCUUUGUCUGUCUUUUUAUAUUUCCACAAAUAUUUGAUGUCCAUGAGAAAUGAACACAUAACGUUUUGUUGGAGACAUGGCUGAGAAAUUUGAUAACCUCGAGGAGCAUCUCGAGAAGUUCGUUGAAAAUAUUCGACAGAUGGGAAUCAUCGUUAGCGACUUUCAACCUAGCAGUCAAACAGGACUCAACCAAAAACUAAACUACAUGAUCACUGGACUGCAGGACAUUGAGAAAUGUCGCCAGCAGCUACAUGAGAUCAACGUUCCUCUCGAGGCUUUUGAAUACAUAGACCAGGGUCGUAACCCCCAGCUGUACACCAAAGAGUGUCUGGAAAGGGCCCUGGCCAAGAAUGAGCAGGUCAAAGGCAAGAUUGACACCAUGACGAAGUUCAAGAGCCUGCUGAUCUCUGAGCUGGGCAAGGUGUUUCCAGAGGAGAUGACCAAGUACAAGGCUAUCCACGGAGAUGACCCCCCCUCAUAGUGACCCUUGACCUUUUAACUCCCUGACCUCAAAGCCACAGUGGGGUCUCACCCAGCAGGAUCAAUGAGUCAGCCAGAUGACAUGUAUUAAUAUUCAUGUAAUAUUAAUGGGAAAGUGUGUUGUUGACAUUGAGAAAUAGACUAGUCGGAGAUAAUGAGAGCGUGGUAGAGGUAGUUGGAGGCGCAAUUCUUUGUUUCUGAUUUGGGAAGAGUAAUGUGGCAAAGAUGCUCAAUGGAAGGGUACAAAAUAUUGUGGACACAAAAUCAUCAAAGGAGCUGAGGAUAGGAUAGUAAGAACUUAUUGCCUUUUUCAAGUAUCUUUUAGUUGUACUGGAAAUAUGACAUUUUCUCAAUCUGAUAUCUGGCUAACUGUUUCCUCCUGCUGUGUUGAGAUCCCACCUACAAGAUGUACAUAAUGUUUAUACUCCUACAGAACCUUUUUGUAAAGACCUAAAGAUCAUUGUACAACACUGCAGACCUGGAAUGCGACUCCGUUUUGUAUCAAGCUCAGUUAUCAAAAGGUGUCUUGUUCAUGGGCAAGAACCUAGCCCAGAGGUUUGAAACACUCAUUUUGUUUUGAUUUGAUCUUGUUAGUUUUUGUUAUGUUUUUAAAAUAAAUGGGCUUGUGAUUGAAA